AAGCAGGAACUGAAUGGUAUUCAUUUGAAAGUGACUUUAAGGAAACAUUCACAAAGAAACUCCUUCACUGACAGACAUCUAUAGCUGUGCUCAAUAUUUUGAGGAAUUGAAGGAUGCAUCUGAUUCUUUUCUUCCUGUUGCUGUUUAAACACACACUUGCAGACUGUCCUGCAUUUAAAGUUGCUCUAUCAGAGAAGGGUCUGACAGAUGUGUCUCAGCUGAUGUCUGUCUGGAUUGUAAACACACUGAAGACUAUUGAACUCCCAGAGUUUCACGGUGAGCUGGACAUCAAGAUCGGCACUAUAGACUUCACCCUUUCAAACAUGUGGAUUGUGCAGUGCAGCAUGUCAGAGCCAUCGCUGGUGUUUGUCAAGGGAACAGGUGUUUCUGUGACAGUCACUCAACUCUCAUUGGCCAUCACAGGCAGCUGGGCGACACACUUUGGCAUCAUUCAUGAUGGUGGCACAUUUGAUCUGGCUGUAAAUAAUAUCAACAUGAACACACUGCUGCAGUUAGGUGAUGAUGAUGCUGGCCAUCUGUCCGUCUCCAGUGUCACCUGCAGUGAUGAUGUGGGAGGAGUGCAGAUACAGUUCCAUGGAGGUGCGAGCAUUUUGUUCCAGCUGUUUGUAAGUGAGUUCAGUGGACACAUUUCAGAUGUGUUACGUCAAAAGAUUUGCCAGGCAACCGAACAAGCAAUUGUUGACUUGGAGAGACACCUACAGGAAUUUUCUGUGAACAUACGCGUGGAUCAGUAUAUAUAUAUGAACAUCCCUCUCACAUCCUCGCCCUCUGUGACAGAUAACAGCAUUGAACUAGAUAUGAAGGGUGAGUUUUAUAGCAGCAGUUCUCCCUCUGAACCACCGUUCUCUCCAAGCUCAUUUGACAUGCAGCCUGCAGAAAACUACAUGCUCUCACUGGCCGCAUCUGACUUUUUUGUGAAUUCAGCAGCAUAUGCAUAUUUCAGCUCUGGGCUUCUUCAAAUUAACAUCAGAGAUGACAUGAUACCAAAGAGCUCCCCAAUCCAUUUGAACACCAGCCAGUUUGGCAUCUUCAUUCCACAGUUGCGCACCUUAUAUCCUGACAUGGAGAUGCAUGUGCUGUUAUAUGCGAGUGAGACACCACUCUUCUCCUUUAGCUCUGCUGAGGUGGAUGUUCAUGUAACAGCUGCAGCAAAGUUUUCUGCUGUUAAACAUGACAGCACACUGAUUCCUCUGUUCAGAGUGGAUGUGGACAGCAGCUUCAAUGGAAAUGCACAGAUUGACAAUAUACACCUAACUGCAGCUUUAAAAAUAAACAAUUUAACUCUGACUCUCGGAUCAUCUGAGAUUGGUGAUUUCAAUACAGGACCACUUGAGAAACUGUUAAAGAUGGCAAUGAGCACAGUUGUACUUCCAAAAUUAAAUGCUUACCUCAAGAUUGGUGUUCCGUUACCCACUCUGCAUGGCUUUAGCUUUAGUAAUGCUGAAAUGUUCUUAAGAAAUGGUUUUGUGCUCAUUGUGACAGAUGUUGAAGCCCCCCAUGACAUAGCAAGUGGUCUCUAAGAUCCAAACAUAGAUUGUGCUGAACAACAGCUUGAUUCUUUUCAAAUGAAGUUUCUCUACAAUGCUUAAAUAAUCAUUACAUUCAUUUUUCAUACAAUUUCUUGUGAAAUUCUACGGAGUAUCUUAGAGGACAAGGAGUGAAUUUACUUCCUAAAAUAGUUUUGCAUUCCCCUUGCAAUUAUUUUGGUUUCCAUUGCAAGACCUUUAUUCAUCACAUUUAGCCAAGGUUUUACUGCAGUAUUCAUAGAUAAUUUAUGGUAUUUGUAUUAAAACCAUAGUUACCAUAAAAUUUAAUAUGGCUUUACUAUAGUUCAACCAUGGUUAUAUAGUAAAACCAUGGUACAUUUUGUGAUUAUGGUUUUACUACAGUAUCUGUAUUUUAAUCAUGAUACUCACAGUAAAACCAUAGUAACAAAUCUGUGGUAAAAAAAAUAAAAAAAAUAAAAUAAAAAAAG